GUUUUCGGUGUAUCAGAAGAUUUCAGGAUUUCCACCGUCGGAAUCGCUUCUCCUCCGUUUCAUUCAACAGACACACGCUACUUUCUUCUUUUGUCCAAACCCCUAACUAACCCUAAAAACCAUCCAAUUUCCAGUUCCCCGAUCAUCUGAACAUCAAAUCGCUUCCCAAAUCCCCAAUCAAUGCUGCCCUUCACUCGGGGCACUUAAUCCCAAUCCUAUGUGCCACUUUUUCUUGAACUAAUACUUGCCCAAUAGUUCGGAUCAUUCGUUUAAUUUCCCAGAUCAAAUGGGUCGCUCUCGGGGAAACUUUCAGUCCGACGAGGAUCCUACUCAGAGAUCGAGGAGAAAAAAGAAUUCUUCUAGUGGAGAUAAUUUGGAAUCUACAACGGCAGGUCAAGGGGCAACUGAAGGGAAAAAGGCAUUAUAUCACUGCAAUUAUUGCAUUAAAGACAUUACAGGGAAAAUCCGCAUCAAAUGUGCCAUGUGCCCCGACUUUGACCUUUGUAUAGAAUGCUUUUCGGUUGGAGCGGAGUUGACGCCUCAUAAAAGCAAUCACCCAUACAGGGUUAUGGAUAACUUAUCUUUCCCACUCAUCUGCCCAGACUGGAAUGCGGACGAUGAAAUGCUACUUCUAGAGGGGAUCGAAAUGUAUGGCUUUUGGAAUUGGACAGAGGUUGCUGAGCAUGUCGGGACGAAGAGUAAAGAACAAUGCAUAGAACAUUAUUCAAGUGUAUAUAUGAACUCCCCAUAUUUUCCUUUACCGGAUAUGUCUCAUGUCGUCGGAAAAAAUAGGAAGGAGCUUCUUGCUAUGGCUAAAGGGCAUGGUGAAGACAAGAAAGGAUAUUCAAUACUUGGAGAGCUUACUUUGAAGGAAGAGUCCCCAUUUUCUCCUCCAAGAGUCAAAGUCGAAGAUACACAUAAGGCAGAUCCUUCUGGCCGUUUAUCAUCAAGCACUAUGUCAGAAGGCAGCUUCAAUGUUGCCGCCACCACUGGCAACAAAAAAGCGUCAUCCGCGAAUCAAGUUAAAGAUGGCCUUGUUAAAAUGGAAGAUUCUCAAACAGACCGGAACUUUAAAGGAAAGAAACCUAAUUUGCCAGCAAAUAAGGGUCCAUCUUUAUUAGAGUUGAGUGGUUACAAUGAAAAGAGACAGGAAUUUGAUCCAGAAUACGAUAACGAAGCCGAACAGUUGCUAGCGGAGAUGGAAUUUAAGGAUGCUGACGGUGAAGACGAGCGUGAGCUGAAAAUGAGAGUGCUUCGUAUAUACUCUAAGAGGCUAGAUGAAAGGAAGCGUAGAAAAGAUUUUAUACUGCAAAGAAAUUUGCUUUAUCCGAGUUCUUUUGAAAAGGACUUAUCGGUCGAAGAGAGGGCAAUAUGUCGUCAAUACGAUGUCUUCAUGCGUUUUCAUUCAAAGGAAGAACACAAGGAAUUACUUCAAACAGUUGUCGCAGAGCAUCGGACCUUGAAACGAAUUCAAGAACUCAAGGAAGCUAGAGCGGCUGGGUGUCGUACACCGACGGAGGUAGAGAUCUUUCUCGAUAAGAAAAGGAAAAGAGAAUGUGACCUUACAGGGCCUGGAAGUCGGGGGAAUUCAAUCAUGUUCAUGCCUUCAGAGUCGGGAGGGAAGGACUCGAAUUCACGAGCAGCAGUGCAGGGUGUUUCAGGGUCUUUGAACGACUUGGAUUCGCUGGGAUUCAACGGCGCAGAUUUUCUUUCGGAAGCUGAAAAAAGGGUAUGCAGUGAAAUAAGAGUAAGUCCACCAGUUUACCUAAGAAUGGAAGAAGUGUUAUCAGUAGAGAUAUUCAAUGGGAAUGUGAGCAACAAAUCUGAUGCCCAUCGCUUGUUCAAGAUUGAGGCAACCAAAAUUGAUAGAAUCUACGAAAUGCUCAUCAAAAAAGGUAUUGCUCAACCUUGAUUCAUAUUCUUUCGUUCUCGUUUUGUUUUUGU